UCGCCUCACUCACUAGGCGGAGGCGUCAGUAGAGACGGGCAGCCACCCGACCUGUGUCAGUCAGUAUCCGCCGGAGUUCAGGCGAAAUCCGUACAGAAAAGCGCACUCGGUCGGAGGGUUAGUAACGUUAAUAUCGCAGGCGGAACCGUGUGAGUGUUGAGUGAAACAUCCGGCUGUAGGGUUUAAGCGCUGUGGGGUCGAAAACCGCGAUAAUCAACAAUACCCGAGGAGAGGAGCUGCUGUGUGGAGAGAAAAGACGGCAUCCGGCCUGCGACAGAGAAGUAGCCGAGGGCUGGUACUCUGGUCUAAGCGGCUCUUAUAGUUCCUGAUUUUUUCUAAGACAACCACAUGGCCCACUUUUGAAGUCUGGUGUGCGAGCAUCCCAAAGGAAUUUACCCAAGAAAAAAAAAGAAGGCAAAACAUAAAGCAGCCACAGAGUAGUGUUUCUGGAAGCGAAUGCUACAAGUGCCUCCGCUGCCUCAGAGGCCCAUGGAGAAGAUGAAGCGGUUUAAGAGGCGUUUGUCGCUCACGCUGCGUGGCAGCCAGACCAUCGACGAGUCCCUCUCGGAACUUGCGGAGCAGAUGACCAUAGAAGAGAACAGCAGUAAGGACAGUGAACCCAUAGUGAGGAAUGGACGACCGCCCUCCUCCCAUAGUAUGCACUCAUUCUUGCACCAGUACACCGGCUCGUUUAAGAAACCUCCUCUCCGCCGGCCUCACAGUGUCAUCGGGGGCAGCCUGGGCUCCUUCAUGGCCAUGCCACGCAACGGCAGCCGACUCGACAUAGUUCACGAGAACUUAAAGAUGGGUUCUGAUGGUGAGAGUGAUCAGGCAUCAGGAACAUCUUCGGACGAGGUUCAGUCACCCACUGGCGUGUGUCUCCGUGCCAGGACGCAUCGACGCAUAUCCAUGGAGGAUGUGAAUAAGCGCCUGUCUCUGCCUGCUGACAUUCGGAUUCCUGAUGGCUAUCUGGAGAAGCUGCAGCUGAGCAGCCCGCCCUUUGAUCAGCCACUCAGUCGCCGAUCGCGCAGAGCCUCACUGUCGGAAAUUGGCUUUGGAAAACUGGAGACCUACAUCAAACUGGACAAGCUUGGGGAGGGAACGUACGCCACAGUUUUUAAAGGCCGGAGCAAACUGACUGACAACUUGGUAGCUUUGAAGGAGAUCCGGUUAGAACACGAAGAAGGAGCGCCUUGCACAGCCAUUAGAGAAGUUUCUUUACUAAAGGACCUGAAGCAUGCCAACAUCGUUACACUUCACGAUAUAGUCCACACAGAAAAAUCCCUCACGCUUGUCUUUGAAUACCUGGAUAAGGAUCUAAAGCAGUACAUGGAUGACUGUGGGAACAUCAUGAGCAUGCACAAUGUGAAGAUUUUCCUGUUUCAGAUCUUGCGAGGACUGGCAUACUGUCACAGACGUAAGGUUCUGCACAGAGAUCUGAAACCACAGAAUCUUCUCAUCAAUGAGAGAGGGGAGCUCAAACUGGCAGACUUUGGUCUGGCCCGGGCCAAAUCAGUCCCUACUAAGACGUACUCAAAUGAAGUGGUAACUUUGUGGUACAGGCCUCCUGACGUGCUGCUCGGCUCUUCUGAAUACUCCACGCAGAUCGAUAUGUGGGGGGUUGGAUGUAUAUUUUAUGAGAUGGCUGCUGGUCGGCCACUCUUCCCAGGCUCCACAGUGGAGGACGAACUGCAUCUUAUCUUCAGGUUACUGGGGACACCUACAGAGGACAACUGGCCAGGAAUCUCAUCUAUUGAGGAAUUCAAAUCUUAUAACUUUCCCAAAUACAAACCACAACCCUUCAUCAACCAUGCGCCAAGGCUAGAUACUGAAGGAAUCGAGUUGUUGUUGUCAUUUCUUAAGUACGAGUCCAAGAAACGAAUUUCUGCUGAUGAUUCAAUGAAACACUCUUACUUCAAGAGUCUGGGCAUGCGCAUUCACACGCUGCCUGAGAGUAUAUCAAUAUUUACACUGAAAGAGGUGCAGCUACAACGAGACCCUGGCUACCGGAAUGCAGCAUACCCAGAGACAGGAAACAGCAAGAACAGAAGACAGAGUAUGCUGUUCUAAGCACUGGCUCUGAAACACACUUGCACAAGCAUACACACAUAAUCGAACACUCACACACACACAAGCGCACACAGUGGAUCAGGAUGAUGGCGUUUGCUCAGCAACUGUCUUGUAAAGACUAACAGAAUAGCCUCCCUACCCUUUUUAGUCAGUGUGUGUGAGGUUGAAUGGUGGGUGAGGGGCGGGGGGAAAGGGGGGGGGGGGGCUGACCAGUCUGGCUCUUUCCCAUCUUCCCGUAUCCAGAAUGCAGCCAGUCCCUGUGACAGAACACAGCGAUGCCCCUGCUCCAUGUCUGCUUCCUCAAAACAACACAUUGGAGAUCAGAUUGUGAGAAGGGAGCGUGUAUAUAUGUGUGUAUGUGUGUGUAUUUAUUGAAAAGGUCGUUGGGCUUUUUUUUUUUGCUGCUAAUCAACUACUGUCUCCUUGUAACCUUCCCUAUUCUCAGGCAGCCUUCUUGGUUGUGGACACAUCAGUACUGCCGUCAAGGAUUUCUUUUUUUUUUUUUUUUUAACUAAAUAGUUAUUGUAAUUCUGGAUAUAAUUAUGUAAAUAAUGUUCAUUUUGCAAUGUUUAUUGUUGGCCACAUUUUGAAUUGCAUCCUUUUUUGGCAUGGUUAUGAUGUAAAAAUUGUAGUUCCUACAAACUUUGUAGAAGCUGUUAAAAAAAAAAAAAGGGAAGAAAAAAAACCUCCUCACUCCCAUUCCAAUCUCCAAAGCUCACUUUGACAUUUCAAGUGACCCAGAGCCUGGAGAAGAGACCCUCCUCCUCCUCUCUGUCAGCGAGCCGUGGAUGCAGCAAGUGUGGAGCUUGUUCAGGGAGACAAACUCAUUGGUGUUUAGGAGAAAGCGCAUGCUUUUCGAUGCAACUGAGGCAUCCGUAAGCGUCAGCCGAGUCCGGACAGUGUUGUGGAUCAAGCCGUGAUGUGGAGGUGGAGGACCAAGCUGUGAGAGGAGGGAUCAAAACCACUGGACCAGCAGUAGUCAAGCAGGCUUUGCAGAAGUGACUGAAAAACCUCCACACCUUCCUCUUUUUUUUCUUAUUUUUUCCCUCAGUGAAAAACUUUUUUUUUGCCUUGACUGAAGUUUUUUUUUCCUUUUCCUUUUAGAGCAACUUAUUCUAAUGCAUCAUCAGUGAUUGUACAAAAAUGAGUCAUGCCAGAUCUCUGUAGCAUUUGAGUGUGUGUACGAGUAAGAGUGAGAGCGAGCGAGUGUGUGUGUGUGUGUGUAUGUGUGAGUAAGGGAUCUUGGGAGAUCAGACUGUACAGAACCAUGUUGCACCAUGCUAGCAAGUUUUUUGAAGAUGCAUUAGUUUUAUUAACAGUAUUAAGAGAAAGUUUUCUAAGUUACAUUUUGAUUUGUAUGUGAAACAAAAACUAGUAUAACAGUGUGGCAUGUUGAUGUCCAACUGUCUCACGUUCAUUUUUGAAAUGUCUUUAUUUAGAAAAAAAAGAAAAAAAAUGUGUGAAAAAUACAGGAACAAACACGUGGCUGCGUCGGACCAAUACCUUCCCCCUCCAAUAUUUGUACACAUGAAGAGAUUUCACACAGAGGUUUUAGAUUAAACAGACUAUGUUAUGUUCGAACUGACAUCUCUGUUAAUUAAUAUUGUAAUUUUGCAGUUGAUUGUGACUGGAGAAGCGUGUGUAUGUGUAUAGAUGCAUGGGACGCCUGGUGUCUUGUAAAACUUCGCCUCUGUGGAAAACUGACGCUCUCAGUUGAAUGUCAGCUGAAUUGACCAUUUAACUCUUUCUACUGCAGAUAUUUAUUUCUCUCGAUCAGUGAAGUAAACAUGGUCUGUUUCCUACGGAAUCCUC